AUGUUGUCUGGCGAAAACACUAUUUCACCAAAUGUUGCUUUUGGCACAACAGCAGUCAAUCGACCGACAUUUCCUACUGAUAUAGCGCAUGAUUGUUUUGGAAAUCAGCAAACACCAGUACGAGGUGUACCAAAUCUUGGACCGGGUUCAUAUAAUAAUGAAGAAAAAACAACAUUUCGAUAUGUUCUUGAUCAUCAACCGAUGAGUCGUCGUGGAUAUACUUUCAAUGCACGAACAGAACAACGAAAAACUUUUGAAGCAAAAAUUGAUGUACCAAGUCCAGAUACAUAUCAAAUGGAUCUAACUCGUUUACCAGAUAAAAAACGAGCAUUCAAACCUUUUAAUGGAGCUGCUCAAAGAUUUUCAACGCGUGCUAAAAGUGCCGAUACUCCAGGACCUGGCAAUUAUGAAUGUGAUGUUAAACAAAAUCGUCAAGUACAUAUGCUUCAUAGUUUUGGUGGUCGAGCUAAACUUAUUCCUGCUGUUAAAACAAAGUGUACAUCAUUAAAUAUAGAUAAGUGUGUAAUUUGUCUUCAAAAACCUAUUGGAGAUUAUUAUCAAUAUCGAAAUGAAAUUCUUUGUUCUAAUUGUUUUAAUUUUAAUUGGCAAUGGCAAGAAAAAUUUAAAAGAACAUAUCUUCAAGCUUUUCAAAAAGUUCGUGAUUGUUCUUAUAUUCAUGAUCAUGCUGGUACUUCAGCUAAAAUUCAACUGAUUGAUGAUAAAACUACAAAGAAACUUCAACGUAAAGAAGCUUACCUUAGUCUCUAUUGGCCUUAA